GGCGGUUCUUCCGGUGGCGAUGGCUGCGACCGUGGCUGGGAUGCUGCGAGGUGGUCUCCUGCCCCAGGCGGGCACAACCAUGUUCAUUCAGCAUAGCCAGCAAGCGGCAUGGUGCCUGACAUGAGUAGGCCGGCUGCCCACCCUCCAGACUGUCUGCUAUGGCUCCAAGGCCGUUACCCGCCACCGUCGUGUGAUGCACUUUGAACGGCAGAAGCUGAUGGCUGUGACUGAAUAUGUCCCCCCAAAACCUGCUGUCAACCCAAGAUGCCUGCCACCCCCUCCCAGCCCCCCAAAGGAGGAGACGGGCCUUGUCCGGCUCCUCCGUCGGGAGAUAGCAGCAGUUUUCCAAGACAACCGAAUGAUAGCUGUCUGCCAGAAUGUGGCUCUGAGUGCAGAGGACAAGCUUCUCAUACGGCACCAGCUGCGGAAACACAGGAUCUUGAUGAAGAUCUUCCCCAACCAGAUCCUGAAGCCCUUCCUGGAAGAUUCCAAGUACCAAAACCUGCUGCCCCUUUUUGUGGGGCACAACUUGCUGCUGGUCAGUGAGGAGCCCAAGGUUAAGGAGAUGGUGCGAAUCUUGAAGGGUGUGCCUCUCCUGCCACUGCUAGGUGGCUGCAUUGAUGACACCAUCCUCAGCAGGCAGGGCUUCAUCAACUACUCCAAGCUUCCCAGCCUGGCCGUGGCACAGGGGGAGCUGGUAGGAGGACUCACCCUCCUCGCGGCCCAGACCCACUCCCUGCUUCAACACCAGCCCCUCCAGCUGACUGCCCUGCUGGAUCAGUACGUCAGACAGCAGCACAAGGGGGACUCCAUCGGGCCAGCCAGUGAGCAGCCGAAUCCUCCUGACCCAGUUCCAGACUCAUAGCCAGCCUCUUAUACCCAGCCUACCCAUAAAUAUACCCUGCCCCUAUUGCCUGUGCCAUCUUCUGUCAGAGAUAUGGGAGAACUUGGGGUGGGAGUGGCAUUUGUUACCUGGCUUUCAUUGACAAUGACUUCUUGGCCAUCCAGAGAUGCAGAGGGAGUCCAUUUCAGAAUGGAGGCUCGUAAUCACUAUCUCUGUCCCUAGCCUGGGACCCAAUAGGAGCAAUCUUUCCGCUCUCCAGGUCCAAAGCAGAGAAGCUGAACAGAGGAGGAUAUUGCCCUCAGCCUCUUUUGUCCAUUGUCCCUUGCGGCACGUGCCUCCCAGCCUGUCCCUUCAUGGCUCCAAAGUGCCGGCAUAGCUCAAUUGAGAAAUUGUGCUGAGAGUGGCAUCUGCUCAGAGCCUUCUGUGCCAGGCCCUGUGCUGACCACUUUACAUGCACUAGUUCCUUUAUUUCUUACAUGUUAUCCCCAUUUCACAGAGAGGAAGACUAAGGGGAGGAGGAGUUAAAUACCUUGCCCAAGGUCAUGCUGUUUGUAGGGGGCAGCACGGGAAUUGAACUAGCUCUCUGUGCUCUGAAGACACUGCCCUGGAUUUCUACACUAGAACUUUCUCAUUAGAGUCCCAGGCGUGCUUGGAUGUUAAUUCUCUGCCUUCAGGGUGUGCCGUGUUGUGGAAAGUUUGGGAGCCUUGCUUUAUGAUAGAAUGAAAAGCAUUUUACUUUACUGCGUUUUGCUGUUUACAAGCCUAUCUUCCCUAUAGACAUGUUCUCAGGGUCAUCUCUGACUCACUUCUCUUCCUAGAAAAUCCUUCCUCUUCCCAUGUCCAAGCCAGUUACUUCCCUGUGCCCAUGCCCACAAAUGGCUUUUCUUACAUGCUUGUCCUUUUGAAGGCAGCUGCCCACUUUGCCCAGUAGCUAGCAUGUCUCAGGUGGUUCUGAACAAAAGAGCUGAAGGAAAGCCAGGACUCUGUAUUAAUGGUCUGGUGGCUCUGGAGUAGGAGGCCUCGUCCACGUCACGGGGAACCGCGAGUGCCUAAUGAAGGAGAGAGGACAUUUGACUAGGAGCCUGCCCUUCUCCUUGAUAGGCACGGUUCUGGGUGAACACUGGGGUGAUGUGGGGAGGGUGGCUGUUGAGCAUUCUCCAGGACCUGGAGCCGUGCCACAGCUCCCUUAGUCCCGGGCGGACACUGCCCUGGCAGUGAUGUUCUGCGGCAGCUUUUCCUUCCCUGGUCCAGGACCUAUUUCCCACAGUGCUCAAUCGAUACGAUGUGAAUUAGAAAACCCUUGAGGUUCCUGGCUACCAGAGCUGGCCUGCCCAGUGCUGUCCAGUGCCCUCCCUGAGUCCCAGAACCCUGCCAGGUGGUGCUGACAACACCUCCCUAGGGUGACAGGAACAGUGCUGAGGUUCCGAACGGAACAGGGAGCGGGCAUCGCCUGAGAGAUGUGUAAGACCCUGAAGGGUAAACCAAGGCUUCUGUGGGGACAGCUGGGUGGGGGAAAUGGCUUAUGUUAUUUUGGGAAUUAAAGAAGAACCUUGCAUUGCA